AUUUCCUGUGCGGAAUACAAACAAACAAAAAAGUAGCGAAAUAACUUUAUGACUUGAUUUAGCAGAUCUUCUACUAGUGUUUCGCGUGACAGUUGUUGCAACAUGUCUGUAUAUUUUGUUUAAUUAAAACUGAUUCAUAUUUGCUUGGAUUUCACCUUUUAAAUGGCUACUUCAGCGGGAUUUUCAAUUGCAACUUCCCCACCAGAAGCCAUCAGCGGGACAUCAAGUCCAACUAAGUCGGGACGACCAAACACAGUUCGCAAAACACUUACAGCAGCACAGUUACUGGAACAAAUCAAACAGCUAGAGACAGAAGGAAAUAAACUAAGAUCUGAAGCUGCUGGACCAGGAUCAUCAACAUUUAGUACACUUUCAGAUCUAAAUUUGUCCAACAAUAAUGACAAAGUUGAGCUACCAAAAUUUACAUCCACCUCCCCAUCCUACCUGUCAGCACUUGUAGACUACUCGGCAGAACAGAAGACUAUAUCUGACCUCAGAUUACAGUUGGAAAAACAACGUAAAGAGACUGAACGAUUAAACACGCAAUUGGUUGGUGAUGGGUUCUCUAGCAACACAUCUCGAGUUGGCACAGUCUUUCACUUGCCCAGCAGUCCUUCAAAAACUGGGUUCUCAACCUUACCCUCAACAGAGCUGUUCAGCUCCAGGCGGCCAGCCAGUGUAACCGGGGUCUCGGGGGCCAUGGAGAUCACUCCUCCGUCACAUCUGGAGAAAGCAUUAAAAGAUUCUCAAGAGCAGGUUGCAGAUAUCCGUCGUAGACUUGUUGAGGCUAAUGAACAGAGUGAGUCUCAGAAACGUCAGUUCAGACUUACAGUAGAAGAACUUAAAGCAAAACUUCAUGAUACAAUGGUGAACAGAGAUUCUCUUCUGGAACUAAGACAGAAAGAAGCAGUUACUUUAGAGAGCAAAGUUUCAGAACAAAAUGCUACCAUUAGAGACCUACAGCAUAAACUACAAGCCCAGGAGCAGACAUUAGCAGAAACAAGUAAAAAGGCUGAUGGAAUAUCUAGGGAGAAUUUUGUCUCAGAGACGACCUUGAACCAGGUUCGUAUAAUCUUAGUGGAUGCAGAGAGACGUAGAGGCAAGCCAUACUUUGAGUCAGACCCAGCGUCCAGUCAGAGUCCUUCCAUGCUGGUACAUACACUGGAAAGAUGUAUCCAAGAGUUGCUCAAAGAUAUUGAGAUCAAGAAAUGUAAACUUAAUGAGCUAGAGCGUGAAGUAUCUGAUGUGAAGUCCAGUCAGUCCAGUGACCAGCAGAGUAUAUCACAGGAAUACCAACAAAACGAAGAUGAGACAGUGACAUUGUGCAAGCGGAUAACUCAGAUGACAGUGGAUCAUGAACGUCAGAUGCAGUUGGUAAAUGAACGAGCUAACAAUGCCAGGAAACAGUCAGCCACUCUUGAGUCACAGCUCUCGGUCAUACAAGGUCAACACGAACAACAACUGAAGCUGAGAGAGGAGAAUGUGAAAGAUCUCGAGAAUAAAAUCAAACAUCUGAGAGAGGAGUUACACGAGGAGAGGGAUAAGUAUAGUUCUAAGAGGGAAUCUUUGGAACAGACAUUGAAUGGUACAGAGAAGGAAAUGGCUAAGUUGAGAAGUGAGAGAGAUGAGGCAAUCAGAAACCAUUCCAACAUGGAAUCCAAAGUUGCUGAUUUACAGUUGACCAUCAACAGACUGAACCGUGACCUGGAGACAGAGAAGGAGACUUCAGGGAAAUACUGGGAGCGAGAAGGUCAGCUGAGGUCAAAACAGUCGCAACUUGAAACCCGGCUUGAGGAAAAAACAAGAGAUGUUGAUAGACUAGAGAAAAUGCUAGCAUCUGUAAAACAGGAGUGUAAUGCUACUGUUAGUGAAAAGGUAUCGAUGAUAGAGAGGCAGGAAAGAGAGAGGCAUAUGGAGAAAAUCAGUAGUCUUACAGCGCAGCUGAGUGAAGUGAGUGAGAAAUGUAACAAAAUAUCACUUGAACUUGACAAUAAAAAAGCAGAAAACCAGGAACUUAAACAUCAGUCGAGGGAAUACAGUGAUAAAGCUGAUACUACAAAAGUACAGUUUGAAGCGGCAGUUGCCGAGAGAAAACAUUUGACUGAUAUGUUGACAGCAAAAUCAUCUGACUUUGAUAGGGUCUCUCAAGAGAGAGAUUAUUAUUUCAGUAUUAUGGAACAGAAAAAUAAUGAAUUGUCUCAGCUAAAAGCAGAAAGAGAAAGAUUAACUAUCCAUUUAGAAGAAAAAGAGAAAAAUCUGACAGUACUGCAGGAGCAGGCAAAUGAGCUAAAGCACAUGUUAGAAUCUGUGUCAAGAACUAGUGAGAGUUUACGCGAGGAGAGAGAUACUCUUAUACAACAGUUACAGGAGACAACAGCAGCCCUGGAGGAACUGAAGACAACAAGGGACACUAUGGCAAAGAAAAUGAAGAUCAGAGAGAAGAGGGUGAAGGAAUUAGAGUCAGAGAAACAAAAAAAUACUCAAGAGAUAGAACUAAGGAACCAGGAGUUAAGCAUUAUACAGCAAGAGAAAGAAACUCUCUUCAAGGAAUUGAAGGAAAGCAGGUAUGAGGUAGUAAGUCUAUCAGAGGAGAGAGACGCCCUGAAGAAAGAUCUGGAGGGACAAAAAUAUCAGUUAGAAAAAACAAUAAGUAAAUUACAGUACAGAUUGAAAGCUGCAGAGCAAGAUCUUGGAUUAGCACAGAAAGCUUUACGUAAACGAGAGUCUGUGGACAACAGUGCAGUGAAAACAGCGGAUAAACUACAGAAGGAAGUGACAGCUAAACGUAGUCUUGUGGAUACAAUGCAGUCAAAGAUCCGCUGGUACCAAGACCAAAUAGAUACUCUCCUAAAGGAGAAGGGCAACUUAGAGAAUGACAAAGACAAGUUGAAGACCAGUCUAAACAAGGCUUUAGUACAGAACCAACAAUUACAAGUUGAUGUUGAAACAGGAAAUAGUCGAACAAUAGAACUAAAAAAUCAUGUGAACAAGCUAGAAUCUUCACUAGAAAAGUUAAUUAGGGAACAGAAAAAGGAUUAUGUUGCAUUAGAGAGAGUUUUGAAGAAAGUAGGAAAAGACAAGGCAGCCUUACGUAAUGCCACAACCCAGGCACAGGUGGAAAUGUUUGAACAGGAAAUGACAAGAAUGAAACUGGCACAUAAACUGGAAGUUAAGGAAGCAGUUCAGAAGGCUUCAAGCCAACAUGUGGACAAGGCAGAUUCUAAGCAAAGAACCAGUCAACCUCAGUUGCAAGAUGCUGAACUAGUCCAGUCACUAGGAUAUUCUCAGCUUAGACAGGGAACCAGUCAGCCUCAUUCCCAAGACACUGGUACAGUUCAGCCCCAGGGAUAUUGCCAGAUGAGACCAGAAUUUACAGCACAGCAUGACAGACUUCAGGCUCAGAAGUCAAGUGAAAACUACAAAGAAAUUGGAUCUGAAUUGAAACUUCUUCUGAGUGAGAUGAGAAAUAUGAUCACAGAUAGACAAGACACUAAGCAAGGUCGGCCAGCACCCACCAGGAGGCAAAGAGACAUCAGAAGUAAAGAUAGCAAGCAUGGAACUAAAUCUAGACCAAAGCCGAAGACAGUUGAAAUGUUUCCUGUCGAGAAGAAGGCAUUUACACAUUAUAGAGUUCCGCCAGCCCCAUCAGACAUUAGUUACUAUAGUGAUGCUGAAGUUGAUGAUAGAAUACACAACAGGUCAAGGUCACAAACUGGUACAUAUGCACUUUACUCUCCAGAACAGAAAGAAGACCAAGCUCGUAGAUCUGGCAGCCGGCAUCGUAGAAGUAGGUCAGCGGAAGCUUCCAUCAUGUUAUCUAGAGAUUUGAGCACGUGGACAGAGAGUGAUUAUAGAACCUCAGAUUGUUCUCCGCCGCUACCCGAGUCAGAUAUAACAGAUACUAACACUUCUAGAGCAGUGACAUCUGAUGUAGAGUCUUCCUCCUUUUCUCAAGAACUUUCAGAUUCUGACUUAAUUACCUCCCUUUCUGUGGGCUCUCCUGUCAUGGAGAGUACUAAAGAAGAUCCUUCUCCAUGCAGUAAAGCCAUACCAGACACACAAGCACUUUGCAAGCGUCUAGAGGAGAAGAUCAUAAGUCUUACACGGAUGGGAGAUAAUCUACAGAAAGAAAAUAAAGAGAUGGCUGAUUUAAUGAAGACACAAGGCAGAAAAUUAAAGAAGGUGAAGGAAAAUGAGAAAAAAAUUCGUAAAACCCCCAGAUGAUAGUAGUCCUGUCUUAGACUUUCAGUUGCUGUAAUCAAAAUAUAUCAGUUGUUUGAUUAAUGAGAAAUAUGUCAGGUGUUUACCAGUGAGAAAUGUGCAUUUACUUCUCUCUAAUAAUGAGAACAGCAUUCUAUACAUUGGUAGUUUUACUGUUUAAGGAAAAGUUGUUGGAGAUAAGCAAAAUAUUUGCAUUUAGUGAUACAUGUGACACUUGCCUAUAAUAGAAUCAGGUUUCAAGGAUUGUAGGGGAAUCACUUCACUUGUGUUGUAUUGUAAUCAGCUCUUAUUGUAUGUCUGUAAUUUACAUGUGUGCAUGUGAACAUAUAUGUUCUUUGUAAUAUGCGGAUCAUGUUAAUUAAUAUUUUCCUACCUCUUUUGUAGUGUUUAGUUUAUAAUAUAGAGAUUAAUGUAUUGUGAAUGGCUGUUCAAAUUACCAGUUGAAUUAAGCAAUUUUCUGGAUCUUUUAUUUAAUAACUUGGAAAAUUCCUGUAAAGUAUACAUCAAGCUCUAGUGAAUGGAAAAAUUGCUACCUUUAAAUCCCUGGAUGCUUCUUUAAAUUUACAAGAGAAUAUUAGUAAAUACAUACAAAGCAGAAUUAUCAUAGAGUAUUAAUGUAAGUACCACAUUUCUUUUUUUAAGUACAAAGCUUCAGUACCUUGUGGGCAUGCAUUAUCAGAUAAUAUUGAUUUUUGUUAUAUGCUACUGUUUGACCUUCUUUAAUUGAUGAAAUUCAAUACAGAUACCAAAAGAUGAUGAGAUAUUAAUUUCUGUUGUUAACUGUUUUUUCGAGGUUCAGUUAAGUCCUCAACAUUCAUUUGUUUUUCUUUACCAUAAAUAUUAUCAAAGGUCACGAGAUAUUAAUUUCUGUUGUUAACUGUUGAUGCUCAGUUUAUUUCCCACAUUGUUUAUUUUUCUAUAAAAGCCAUCUCUGUAAACCUUUCAUUUGACAGUAUUUCCGCAAACUUUAAAUUUAGUGUUCUUGCAUUUAGCUUAACUGUAAUAUGAGCUGUUACAGCCAUCCUCAAGCCUGUGAACCUAAACUUGAUGACAUAGUAAAAAGUUCUGUGGCAUGUCCUUUGCAUUCCCUGACAAGAAAGUCACUUGAAUGGGAAAUAGAACACACAGUACAUCAUUUGAAAAUUUCAGUGUAUAUAUUCUGACCAGAUUUUGCUUAAAUACGCAUCAUUGGCAUAAGUUUUAUUUAACAGAAUAAGUUUUAUUUGACAGUAUUUUCUUAUAUGUGGACUGUUAAGUAUAUUUUGUAUCUUUGAACAGCAUUCACUUCUUUAGACUGUGAUACCUUUUGUAAUAUAAAAGUUUUUUAUGUGACAUAUUUAUACCAGGAAAUAGUGCAUAUAAACGUCAAUGUGAUUUUGUAUGUAUACUUGAACAAAUUGCGAUAUUAGUAAUAUUUAUGUACUAAAUUAAAAAUGUACACAGUA